CGGGUAACGCUGUCACUUUCGUUUGACCUAUUUGGAAAAAAGAUACAAAGAGCACCUCAUACUGAUACCAAAUACGUACAUCUUGAAACUCCUUUAAGAUUAAAUAAAUGUCUAAUUCAAAACUUGCAACACAGUUUAUGAACUGUCAGUAAAUCAAUUGUGAAACGAACGAAAUCGUCGUAUUUUGAUUUGACUGAUUACCAAUUUUAUUUUGUUCAGCAAAGAAUCAAUUUUCACCCCAGUUUUAAUACUAUCGGAUAAAUUUUUCCAUGAAGUUAUUGGUGUGCAAACUUAUGGCAUCAAACAUCAUGUUCGUAAUGUGAUAUUGGAAGGCAACCUGCUGUGUACUCUUCAAUUUUGACCAUGAAAUCUAGUAAACGAAGACUGCAAGCACUAACCGAAGGAACAGAUGGAAACCUACCUAGUUAUCUUAAAAUGGAAGACUCUGAAACAUCUAUCCCGCCCGUAUUUAGGUCUCGACUACAUGAGCUAUUUUCUCAGAUAGAGAAAGAGUUCGAUCUUUUGUACACGGAAAACUUAAAUCUACAAGAGAAGAUAGACAUAUUAAGUGAAAAACUGGAGAGGGAGAGUUAUCUGGGCGACAAGCAGAAUCCAGAUUAUAUUGAAUUUGAAGCCACUGGGAAAAGUUCAAAGUCCAAAUUAUCCCAAAGCAACUCCCAGAAAGUGAAAGCGAGCCACAAGCUCCGAGUGCAGACCAGCAAGAUUGUGUCCAGCUUCAAAGCCCCAACAUACAACUGUCAGCUGGUUCGGGAGUUCACCGGACACAAGGAUGGCAUCUGGGACGUGUCCUCGGCUAGGCCAGGACAAGCGCUAAUUGGGACAGCUUCAGCUGAUCACACGGCAUGCGUGUGGAGCGUAGAGUGGGGCAAGUGCCUGCUCCAGUACACGGGGCACGCGGGCUCCGUGAACUCCCUGCGGUUCCACCCCAGCCGCGACAUCGCGCUCACCAGCAGCGGCGACAACACCGCGCACGUGUGGCAGGCGGCCGUCAACUGGGACCUGCCGCGCGGCCAAUCCUCCGAGGAAGAACUUGAAGGUGGAGGCGAAGAAAGCCUCGGGGAAGGCAGCGACCGGCCCGAAGUACUCCGCACGCCGCUGACGGAGCUGGGCGGGCACUCCGGGGUCGUGGUGGCCGCUGAUUGGCUGACGGGCGGCGACCACGUGAUCACGGCCUCGUGGGACCGCACCGCCAACCUGUACGACGUCGAGACGGGGGACUGUCUGCAGAUACUUAUGGGGCACGACCACGAGCUUACACACGCGUCGGCCCACCACAGCGCACGGCUCGUAGUAACGGCCUCUCGGGACACCACGUUCCGGCUGUGGGACUUCCGCGAGCCCAUACACUCCGUGUCCGUCUUCCAGGGGCACACCGAGAGCGUUACCUCUGCAGUUUUUACCCGUGAAGAUAAAGUGGUGUCCGGAUCUGAUGAUCGCUCAGUAAAGGUGUGGGACGUCCGCAACAUGCGUAGCGCCUUAGCCACGAUACGUUCCGACUCAUCCGUGAACCGGGUCGGCGUCAGCAGCACCGGUAUCAUCGCCAUCCCGCACGACAACCGGCAAGUGCGGCUGUUCGACCUGCAGGGGCAGCGGCUAGCUCGCCUGCCGCGCUCUAGCCGACAGGGCCACCGCCGCAUGGUGACGUCAGUAGCGUGGGCAGAAGACAUAUCGCCGAACAUCAACUUCUUCAGCUGCGGCUUCGACCGCCGCAUCCUCGGCUGGUCUAUUCAACCCUCCAAAGAUAAUUAGUUUACUCUUAACACUGUUUUACUAACGUUUAACUACACGCACACCGCUAUGAACACGUAUAUGUACUUUACAGCGAAAAAUUGGAAACAACUUAUUGGAAGCUUAUUUUGAUACUUAAUACCUCGAUAAUCUGGCAAACCUGUUUUGUCAGUACAAAAUACGGGAAAGUAGAAAAAUAUAAGCGUGAAGAAUGGAUCCCUCAUACAACAUUUAUAUUCUGCUUUUUCUUAGUGACAAAAUGGUUUGCCAGAAUAAAUAAACGUUGCGAUUUGUCGGCGCACAACAGAUCAUUUGUGCAAUUAUUACAUCAUUAUAAUAUUUUCCAAAUUCCAUAAAAGAGCUGUUUAUAACGUAUGUAAGUCAUAAUGUACAAUGAAAGAAUGUACAUAUCGAUUCCAAUGGAAUUUAUAUCGCAUAAGGUGAGCGUUUCGAAAGUAAUCGUUUGUCGUAAUCUAGUCUUGUCUUUUUAUAAGGUAUUGAUACGCUCAGCAGUACUAUUAUGUGUGGGAUAAUAUUCGACCCUGUCUUGUUUACUUUAAUGAGUUUUUGGAAUGGUUCCAGUUUCCUAUAUAAAACUAAGGUUACUCUAACUGAUCAAAUACACUUAUUUUACAUGGAAGUUUAUGAGGUUUACCGGAGUUUAAAGCUUUGGUAAGGAGUUGGGACAUUUUUUAGACUCUGACUGAAAUUGUUCUUCAAAUGAUAAUAAUUGGAGUUAGCGCUGUAAGUAAAAGUAAAUCAAUAUGUAAAAAUCGGCUCAUGAAAUACCUAUAUAGGAAUUAUCAUUCCAAGUAUCAGUGGCAAAUAUAACCUUCAAUUUUGAAAUAAAUUAGUAAUGAUAGUAAUUUUGCUUCCAAAUUAUUGUAAGUUGAAAGUAUAAUACUAGGUUAAGUUGAAUAUGCAAAACAGCGCAUUAUUAUAAAAAACAAAAAUAUUGAAUUAGAGUUACAAGAAAAAAACUGUACUCUCGAUACCAAUGUCAAAAAUAUUACAAGUAGUUCUUAGAAAUGUUUGAGGUACCGAGACAAUAGGAAAGUGAUGCAAGAAAUCCAACGAUUAUCUGAAAUAUUACGAACUCUAAAAUGUUUUUCUCAUUUUUUUCUUGUCAAAUAUGUCAAAGUCUUUUUCAUAGUUUACUUAUACCAGUAAAGAUAGUUUUUAUAGAAUUAAAAGAUGGAUAUCUAAAUCAACACUAAUUUGAUUGGUAAAUUGGUACUAACAGUAACAGCACAAAAUACUAAUCAAUUGUUAUAGAUAGAAUACUUUAAAUAUGUUGUUGGCUUUUAGUAGUCUAUUAAGUGUUUUGAUUAAUUUGUUUGUCCAUUAAUUGUAAUUGCUAUUUAAUAUUUAAAUUAAGUUGGUUGUUGGCGAUUGUAUUCUUAUAUUCGUAUGUUAGGCCAAAUGGAUUUGAGGGAAAUUUUAACCUUCGUAUUAGAUGUGAUUUAAAAUAUUCGUCUGCUAGAUAUAGACAUAAUAUUAUGCCUACUUAAGAUGGAAUUAGUCAUUGUAGUCAAAAGAUUUAAUUUGAGACCCAUUUCGUACCUUGUCACAGUGACAAUAGUAUGAGGUCUGUAGCGACUUUCAUCUUGCUUGUCAAUGUGACAAGGUACGAAAUGGGUCACAAAUUAAAUCUUUUGACUGUACCUAACCUUUAGGUAAAGGAUUGUGGGCUUUUUAUUUUAUUAGAUAUGCCUGUAUUAUUUGAACUUUGUAUUAUUUGUAACAAAUGCAAGCAAAAUUCUUCAAUUUUUGUGUAAUAAUGAUAAUAUCCGCCGAAAGGUAGUCACCUUCAAAUAGAUAAUGUCAGAACACAUCCUUAUUACUAUGGUAACAAUGUAUAAUAGUUAUUGGUUUUACAAGGGAGUAAAGUUGUUGUUUAACUGGUCGUGCUAAUAUUGAUACCCGAGCAAGCGAAAAAUUCAAAAAUUAAACCAGGAGCAUGGCGGGUGGUUCGAGAAGUGGAAUCUUAAUCGUUACGAGUGUUUCAAGGCACGAAGGUUAAACAGACAGCCUCUGAGUGAAACACAAUAUUCCACUUCUUGGGAAUCUUUCGCUUGCUCGGGUAUCAAUAUUAGCACGAGCGGUUAAACAAUAACUUUGCCCCCCUGUAUAACAAAUAACUAAGUAUUCAAGGUCUGCUACUUAAAGCUAUUAUAAAAGUAACAGAGCCUCUAUCCUUGAGAGCUCAAUUUUUCAUCUGCUAAAUUUGCCUUCGGUCAUAUAGAAACGUAAUUAGAGUGACAGAGAAAAAUGCCCGUAAUUGACGAACUUCGAUUUUCACGGUUAUAACCCUGGACAAUGUGGUGUUAUGGUAUUAAAAUACCUUGCAUAAAUAGUGAAUUAACAACAUAUCUUUAGGCGCUACCACGCUACCAGUGACAAUGUAUCAGUAAAACAUCUCUACCAGCCUAGUCAACUGUUAUGUACGACGGUAAUAUACCUAUAUGCCAAAGAUGAAUUCGGAAAUACUUUAUUCAUUUUUGAAAGUUAUUACAGCAUUAUACGUUGUCUCAUAACCCCAAAAUAUAGUCUCCUGUGAGUGAAACCGUAACCCAAGUAAUCAUACUAAAAUCUGAUACAUACUGGACUCCGUAUGGAAAUGAUAACUAAGUACCUAAUUAUUUUACCAUAAGACCGUGCAAUAAAUAGUUGAUUAUGAAAAAAUUUCCUAACCGAUUCGAUUCGAUAUUGUACAUAGGUCGCUAGAUAAGCUUUGCAAUAUAUAAUAUAUAUAAUGUUGUAUAAUAUAUUCGAAAAUCGACUCCGACAUUUUUAAAGUUUAAAUCAAUUUUUUAAUGAGUGAAGUUAAAAAUAAAGUAAAUGUUUUCCCACAUACAUUGUCUAUGAAAUACAGCGAUCUAUGUAUACGGAUCCCAAUGCGGCUCCUGCGUGUGAGCGAGACAGCGCUAUGAACGUGUGUCCCACUUGCAAAAGGUGUCGGCGGGCGAAUUCGUAUCAAUGUGAUAACCACGUAAAGUCGGUUUCACAGAAAGUCUUAUAGAUUUGUUCUGUUGCAACAGUUAACGCAAUUAAUAUAUUUUCAUACAAUAAAAUGUUUUCUGGCAUAUGAAUAAUUAUAGAUACACCCACGUUAUGUUUGUGCUUCACACUUUGUACCCUGCACUUACAUUGUGUCGCUUAAAAUGAAAUCAUAAAUAAUGUGUUAAAAUGUACCGUCGUUAUUGGACGUUGAAUAACUUCUAUAUAAAAUGAUCUGAAUAUUUUUGUUACGUGGAAAAUAGUAUGAAAUAAAAUUAUAAAUAAUAA